CUGUAUAAGUUUGAACGGGGGCAAUUUCGCUUCUUCCUCCACCGAGUUGAAAUCGAACGUAGCCGUUAACUUCUACAAACAAAAAACCAACAGAAAACGUCUCUCUAAUUUUGUGAAUCGGUCUUCUUCUCCGGCGGAGAUUUCCUUUCUUUGCCGACUGCCUCGCUGUGGCUGGUUCAGAGAGAACGAUUCGGUUCUGACGGAGUUCCUUUGAAGAAUCUGUGUAUUUGAUUUUGUUCUCUUUCUCUGAAGGCUUGAUGGUUCAGCUCAUGAAUUCGGGGACGGACAAGAUUCCGGGCACGAAGAGGCUGAAGAAGGAGGUUGAAGAUUCUUUGGAGGACCUUCUCGAUCAAUUUCACAAGCGAUCCAAAUCCGAGAGAUGGACGUCAGAAGCCAAUGCGUUUUCUGUGUCGUCGAGUCCGUACAAUCCUCUAGAUGAGCCAAGCCCGUUGGGUUUGAGUCUGAAAAAGAGUCCGUCCUUAUUGGAUUUGAUCCAAGCAAAACUGUCUCAGGAAACUGCUAAAUUAGCGACUAUGAACAAGAAGGACCAGAAGGACCAGAAGGACCAGAAGGACCAGAAGGGAGCUAAUGCUGCCGCUGCUUUUAGUACUGCAGACAAGCUCAAGGCUUCAAACUUCCCUGCAUUAAUUCUUAAGAUUGGUUCUUGGGAGUAUAAAUCAAGGUACGAGGGUGAUCUAGUGGCGAAGUGUUACUUUGCAAAGCAUAAGUUGGUUUGGGAGCUUCUUGAUGGGAAUCUUAAGAACAAGAUAGAAAUUCAAUGGUCCGAUAUCGUCGCUCUCAAGGCAAAUUACGCCAAGGAUGGUCUAGGAACUUUGGAUGUAGUGCUGGCGAGACAGCCCCUUUUCUUUAGGGAAAUAAAUCCACAACCUAAGAAGCAUACUUUAUGGCAAGCAACAGCCGACUUUACUGGGGGAGAAGCAAGCAGGCACAGAAAACAUUUCCUGCAAUGUUCACAAGGCUUUUUAAACAAGCACUUUGAGAAGCUCGUGCGUUGCGAUCCUCGUCUCAACUUUUUAAGCCAACAACCAGAGAUCGUGUUAGAAUGUCCAUAUUUUAAAACCAAUAGUCCAAAUGAAUCCAAAGAAGGAAUUGGUUUCAAGAGUGAGGAAGGACCUACUUUCUUUAGUUUAGGUAUGGUGUCAACAUCUGGAACUCAAUCCCCUUCGUCAAUUAAAGAACACGAGUGUCGUGCUGGUGCUUCUGAAGAAUAUUCUGAGCAAUCUCCAUCACCUAACUCAGGAAUGGAAGCUCACACAAUGAACGAAGAAUUGGGAAAUGAUGGAUCGGAAAGUUCAAGGCUGUUCAACAAAUGGGACCAAGUUCUGGUUCCUGGAAUUCGUCCAUCCAUGUCCGUUAGCGAUUUUGUCAGUCAUAUUGAACACUGCCUACCCAUGUUUUCUGAAGAUAAUCAACAAAGCAGAGAGACUCUAGAGGGGAUUACACAGUAUCUAUUUGGUGAUUCUCAACAUGCAUCUGACGCCGAUGAACAGACCAUCAUGUCCAGGGUAAACUCCCUGUGCAGUCUUCUACAGAAGGAUUCUUGUAUGGCUAAGGCCUCGCAAGCCAAAGCUGGCAAGAGCCUCAAUGUCGCUGGUGGCAACGUCAACUCGAUUUCUGCACUGGAACAUGAAAUCAAGAAUGAAGAAAGCUUCCCUGUCCACAAUGGCUUUGAAUCGAGCAAGCACAUAGCCAUGUCAAGGAACGAUUCGGUGGGUGAGCUGCUGCUUAAUCUUCCAAGAAUAGCUUCUUUACCUCGGUUUUUUUUCAACUUGUUUGACGAUUCUGAUGAUCGUGCUAGAUAACCUUUGUUUUUGGUUCAACUUGUUAAUAGGUGUAGUUAAAACCCAUAAAUCAGGUUUCUACUGGAAAACAGGAAAAAACAAAGAUGGAGGGGGGAACUAUCCUGACAUCUAAUACCCCUAUCUUCUCACUUGUCAACUUUUGUAAAUAUUAGCAGGAGGAUGGUCAAUGUAUAAAAUACUUAUAUCAGCUAAACAGUUAAACUUCUCUCUA